AUGCUGCGCCAACACAGCGCGCGCCACGCAUCGCGAUGGGGACGGCGGGCCUCGCUCUCGCUGCUCCUCCCCGCCCAGUCGCCGUUCCGCCUCCCCAGACUUGACAAUGCGCCGACUGCGCUCACACGCCCGCCUCUUUCCCAGCCCUCCGCGUCUGGCGCGUCUUUCUCUCUUCUCGCGUUUACGUCACAUCCUCACGCAAUAACAUCGUCGACCGGGUCUGCAACCAGGCUGUUGUCUCAGUCGUCCGCGGUAUCGUUACAAUCACACCCGAUCCAUGGCCCUGAGUCGACGUCAGCUGCCACGUCAACUGGUCCCGCCGCAUCCGGAGCUAAUCCCGCCGGCGCUGCAGGCGCCGUCUUGCCACCGCCACCGGGAGGCGGAUCGAAGGGAUUCCGAGCCGGCGGCGCCGCGGUUGCUGCGGCGGCGGUGGCAGGCGGCGCGUGGUACUUGUGGCGGCAACAGGAGGCGCAGCGAGAGACGGAUCGGCUAGUGAUAGACGCGACCCGGGAGAAGCAUCAGCAGCUGGGGGGGACGCAGGUGGGGCAGCAGCAGGCAGCGCUAAGCCAGUCACUGUUGGCGGAUGCGGAAGGGGAAGCGGAGCGGAUUGUAGACAGGGCGGAAGGCGGGGCGGCGGAGAAGGGUGCGGCGCAACGCAAAUUGGCGGACGGGGCGGCGGGAGAGGGCAGAUCGGUCCAGGAUCAGCGCGCGGAGAGGGGUGCGGAGAUGCGUGGCGCGGGGGGAGGAGUCACGGGUGGGGGAGAGGAGCCGCGGAAAGAGCCGGAAAAGCGCGGAGAGGCGGAAAAAGCUCCUGCAGCGACUUCGGAGGCGCAAGGAGUUGGGGGGGAUAUGGUUGCUGCGAGGAAAGAGGAGGCGGCUGUAUCAGGUGGCGCAAGUGAGAGGGAGGGUCCGCGGAAAGAAGCAGCGCAGGCGGAAGAGUUGAGCGGAGGCGAGGGGAAUGGUGGGGACGUGAU